AUGGCAUCUUCAAGGACGUUAGAUGGGUCGUCGUCUGAAAUCAUUGAACUCGAAAAAAAGCCUCCUUCUUACGACGAUGAUGGCAAGCAACAACAGCAAUUUAAAACAUCACUGAAUAUUGAUGGAGUGGUAAAUCCUGAAAUGUUACAUGCGCAUUUAGCCUUGCUUACGAAAUUUAAAGGAAUGGAGCAAUCUGAUGAAGUGAUGGAUGACCGGUAUUUAUUGCGAGCUGAACAACGAUAUAUCGCAUGGAUAAACUUGUUGAAUUAUAAAAAUUUUCCUGAAGAAAAAAUGCCUAUUCCUCCACUAGAUGUUUGUUUAAUAUGGCACGCUCAUUGUCUUUCGCCAUUGCGCUAUUACGAAGAUAUGUUACGUCUUCACGAUCCUCAAGGACACAAUUACAAUUUCCCGUUAGCAAAAUUGGCAAGUAGACAUCUUGACGACUAUUCACAACAGAUUUGGCAAGAAUACACAAAAAAACCUUGGGUUCUUGAACAAAACGAUGAUUCUCCGUUUGAUUUUAAGUGCCCGCUAUGCAACAAAGUUAAUCAAAUUUCACCAGAUAUUUACGUGAAGAUCAUGCGCACAAAUGAUUAUGAUGUAAUAUGCGAUCAAUGUAAAAAAACAUACAAGAGUGAAUUUCUGAGUGUAUCUCGAUUCCUGGAAGAUAUUCGCGCGUACAGAAGAGACCAAACGGAAUUAAUAGGGGGCACAAUUGUUGAUUUGAAAAAAGGCGCUGUUGGUAAAUCUGAUGCAGAGACGGAUUGCAAUCUGCUCUUUGCUAAUAACGCCAUUAACAUCUUCAACAUCAAUACCUGGAAAGAUGUAAACACAAGAAUCAAAGAUCUUAUAAAUACCCUUAAACGCAGUCGCAAAUUGAAAGAUAUACGAAAAGGGAUGAUCAAACGAAUAAUAUUCGCAUAUAUGAAUAUUCCGGCACCGUUUUCUAUCGAUCUCGUCAGUGCAGUUAAACGUCAACGAGAUUUUACAAAUAAGAUGGUCGAUAAUUCUUGGAUCAGUUGUACGACUGUUCAAUCAAACGCAGUCGAACGUUACCACAAAUUUAUAAACUUGCAGAAGGAUUACGCGGAAACGCUGUUUGUUCCGACCCUCGAUAUUGAUCUUGCGUGGCAUACACACAUGCUUCAUCCGCAACUCUAUCGAAAUUUUACUAGGAAACAUAUGGGGCGAAUGAUUAAUCAUGACGAUACAUUGGCAGAGAACAAGUUGAAGAGUGGAUUUGCAAAAACGUCUCAGGCUUGGUACAACAAAUAUCGAGAACCUUAUAGUCAUGAGAGUCCGUGUAAAUUUUUGAUGACUAAGUUCAAGAUAUUCUUGUCGAUAUUGUUGCCUUUUUAUGGUCUUUACCUUUUAUGGCAAUUUUAUAAAUAUCGAAAAACAACUCAUCGUCAUGGUGAUGCUAAAAAGAAAAAUGAAAAAUCUAGUGAUGAUGGCAGUUACUCUGGAUUCUGUGGAAUGGGUGGUACAAACUAUGCUUUUUUCGGAGGUGGAAUGUUUGCAGCCGCUGCUAUCGCUUAUGGUUGUGGAGGAGGUUGUUCACCCGGUGGUCCCUCAUGUGGCGGAGGUUGUGGCGGAAGUUGUGGUGGAGGAGGAGCAGGUUGUGGUGGAGGAGGAGGUUGUGGUGGAGGUUGUGGUGGAGGAGGAGGUUGCGGAGGUUGUGGCGGAUGA